AAACCGGCGUCGUGCCGUCCUCUGUGUCGAGGGACCAGCCGCGCGGACCCUUCCAGAAGCGUUAGAGACGAUUGCGGAUCAUGUCUUGCGUUACGGCUUAAUCUUCUGGAUGAUGAGCAGCCUGUGGCACGAGAGAUUUAGAAUAGCAUCAAGCAUAAGCAUAUGCUCUCCUCCAGCAUUCAUCUCUGUGUGUUUCUAAUCACUGCCUCUCGAUGUUGCAGAGCCUGUGGUCGUGGUUAAUAGGAAAGCUCGUGUCGUCAUCAACAGAGCUACAGGUGAGACAGGUAAAAACACUUUUGUUGCAAAUUUUCAGAAGGGAAGCUCC